AAUAAUUUUUUAAGCUGACAUAAUUACAGAGGAAAAAAUAAAUUGACAUUUUAAAUUAUUUAAAACCCUUAUAACUCUUGUUUCAGUUCAGCACGCGUCAAUUUACUGUUGCAGCAAAUGUUAAUCAAUCCAUCUCAUUUAAAUUUAUAGGAUUUCCAUCUAAAAUAAAUGUAUUCACCUUACAUAUUUAUUUAUUUCGUCGACCGCGAACUGACUCUCAAGGUGCUCCCAGUCUGUAGCUGCGAACAUCAAUGGUAGAAGAGGAAAGAAAUAAGAUUGUUUGGGAAACUCCAGAAAACCCUCCUAAACGUGAUGACUACAUUUUUCAUCAUGGGAAGCGAAUGGUGCGGCCUUAUUACUUUGAAUUCAUUGCUCAUGUUAAGAAAAGAUGGGCUGGAAAGAAAGUAGUGGAUUUGUUUUCACACGAGUUUAGACAACGGCCUUAUGAAUAUUAUGUUGAGGCUGUAAAAUCAGGAAGAAUUUGCGUUGAUGGCAAAUUAGUGUCAGAUGAAUAUGUUGUUAAAGCUUCCCAGACACUUAGUCAUUUUGUUCACAGGCAUGAACCUCCUGUGAUGGCAGAGCCAAUCAUGAUUUUGGAUGAAACAAGUGAUGUUAUUACCGUUUGCAAGCCUUCAUCUAUUCCUGUACAUCCAUGUGGGCAAUAUCGCAAGAACACAGUUAUUGGCAUUUUAGAGGCAGAGCAUGGGAUUGCUCCUUUGUUCCCAAUACAUCGACUAGAUAGAUUGGUCUCUGGGCUUCUCAUCUUAGCCAAGAAUGCUGCCUCAGCUAACCAGUUUCGACAGGAGAUUGAGGCCGGGAAAGUGCAAAAAGAAUAUGUUGCAAAGGUCAAAGGUGUAUUUCCUGCUGAAGAGGUUGAAGUUGAUGCAAAUGUAUUCUAUGAUGCUCGAGAAGGGAAGAGCACAACAGAGGUGGUUGAUGGCAGUAACAAGCAACCUGGCAAGGGGAAAGCAGCCCACACAAAGUUUGUAAGACUUGGUACAAAUGGAAUUUUCAGUAUCGUCAAGUGCUUACCUGUAAGUGGUCGGACACAUCAGAUCCGUGUUCAUCUGCAACAUUUGGGUCAUCCUAUAGCCAAUGAUGCACUCUACUCUGUGGAGAAUCCUCCUGACCGGUCUAUAGAAGGAACAAGUUCUGAUCGGGCUGCUAGGAGGAGGCAGACACUUGUGUCUGAAUUGGGUCAAUCAGAGCUGUGUUCCAGUGGUCUAUCUAAGCAGUGUAAUAGCCGUGAAGAAGCUGGCAUUGUGUUUGAUGAAGACCUUAAUGAAGGAAACCCAUCUACAGAUUCCAAGUCAAGGGGAAAUGCAGUUGAUGAUUUAGCAGGGACCAUCAAGAGACAAAAAGUGGAAGGAAAAUCAAUAAUGAACAAGAGACCAGCAAAUUGUUCAAUGGGAGAUCCUUCCAUUGAUUUUCAGAAAGGGGAUGCAAAUGCUGAUGAAAGGCUUAGUAUGCAUGGUUGUGAGAAAAUGUAUCUGAAGAUCGAUUCAAUGUGUACAAAUUGUCCCAAUGUGGCUCCAUCUGGUCUCUCAAAACAGUGCUCCCAUCUUAGCACAUCAGAACAACCUUCCAUGACACCAAUAUGAGCUAUGAUGAACAUGAGGAUGGACUAUUGUUGCAUUGUGUUCGAUAUUCUGGACCAAACUGGGCCUACGAGUGUCCCUCACCUCAAUGGGCUCUCAUCUGAUGCAUUUUGAUUUUUGAACACUUGCGGUCAUUUUGGAAAUGUUUUCUCAGUUUUUAUGAUGGGCCCCAAUAAGUUCAGUUUACUUCCAGCCCUUGGUCUACUGUGAACUGUGAAGAAUAUGAGGCCACUGGUAAGCUAUAGCUUUGUCAGAGAAGUAUUUUUUACACGAGUAAAUGUUGUAAUAAUAUUGGGCAGUUGGUUACUUAUUGGAAAUCAAUUACUUAUUGGAAAUCAAUCAAGAAAGAUUCAAAAUUUCUGGAAAAUCUAUGUUGUAGAUGCUAAUGACCAGUCUUAAUGUAUGUUGCAACUGUUUUCACUAAAUAAAACUCAUGAUGGAUGCUUGAUAGUUUUCUUUGAAAUCA